GUAAAUUUUAAACUUUUUAAGUGUGAGGAAUUUCGUUAACAAUGGCAGAUUUUAUAUUAAUUGUUAAUGCUAUCAACAAUGAAGAAAGGGUUAGAAUGAACUUCAACCGAAGAGAACUUCGUGAUGCUAGUGAUCCAUUUUCACUGACCGAAGAAACCUUCAAAGGAAUCUAUAGACUGUCUCGGCAGCUGACUCAAGAUUUGAUGUUAAACUUGUCACCUUUUCUUCGGGAUAAUGAAAGAGUUUUGGGCAUUCCUAAACAUUUAAGGAUUUUGACUACUUUACACUUUUUGGCUCAAGGGUCUUAUCAAAAGGCCGUUGGACAGGACUUUUUCUGCCCAAUGAGUCAAAAGUCAGUGAGCAGAUGUGUAGAGGAAGUGGUGAGUGCUCUACUUGAACAUUUUUCUCACUUAGUGCAUUUUCCUUCAACGAUAGCCGAAAAAACUGAAGAAAAACAACUCUUUAUGACAAUGCCACACGGCUUUCCAGGUAUCAUAGGUGCUAUUGACUGCACCCAUAUAUCUAUAAUAUCUCCUCCAGUGGAAGAUCCCCAGUACCCGGCAAUAGCAUUUUUGAAUAGGAAGGGAUACUAUAGUAUUAACGUACAGAUUAUUUGUAAUGCACAUUUAAAGAUCCUGGCAAUCAAUGCACGAUAUCCAGGAUCCGUGCACGACUCUGGUAUUUGGACGACAAGUGAUAUUAAGCAGGUUUUGCGUAAUGCUUAUCAAAAUGGAGACACUUCCUCAUGGUUGAUAGGCGAUGCUGGUUAUCCCUUAGAACCAUGGUUAAUGACUCCUAUCUCUGGUCAAAACCUCACAGAAGCAGAGAGGCGAUAUAACUCAGCACAUAAAACUGUUAGGAAUGUCAUUGAACGAUUAAAUGGCGUCUUAAAAACACGUUUUCGCUGUUAUAAUCCACCGAAGUGUGCAAAAGUUAUAUAUGCUUGUGCUAUACUCCAUAAUGUGCAUACGUAAUGGUGAGAAUGACGUGGAAAUCAAUGUCAAUGAUAAUGAUGAAGAGGAAAACAAUAAUGAACCUUGUGGUAAUCGUGACAAUGAUGUUAAUAAUUUACGGGAAGGAAGAUUGGUUCGUAAUAGAAUU